UGAUGGUAUGCAUCACUAUGGCGUACUGUCACCUUUGGGUGCAUUUGCAGUUUUCACCCAGCACAGCCCCAGCCGGCCCCGGGAGCACUCACGCCAUGCCAGACAGAAGCCUGCUCAGGACACACAGCAAUUUAAAGGGUCUGCAGCCGCAUUUCGGCCCCAGUGGUUUUUUCCUGGCAUGUCCCCCAGGACAACUUUGCCAUCUGGCAACCCUAGUACCGGCAUUUUUUUUUUAAACAAAAAUGUUUUUAAAGUGCUACCAGACUAUUUGUUGUGUUUUAAGUUUUAGCUCAAUUAAUGUGGCUUUCAGGGCAAAGGUAACUUACCUGCAGGAGUCAGGGAGAAAUGUAUCCCCUUUAGGCAGCAUUACCCACAAGUGGCCUUUUGCUGGGGGGGGCCUUUUGCCCCCCUUGCUGCCUCUGAUACUGUCCUAACCCAUGUACAGAAUCCCAGUUGCUUGGCACGCCCAAAUAUUUGGGGCACCACUGAAUCUUAAUACUCACCCAUCUUCACCUUAUCCCUCUCCUGUGGCUUUUCUUGGAGAGGGUCUAAUUAACUUAAAAGUGAAAAAGCUGUCAUACCAAUUAGCAGAACUAAUUCAAGUGGUAAUGAAAUAAUUUUCCAACCCCUGUCUGUUUCUGAAUUUAGGACAGGGCCUUAGUUUAAAAAUUGCGUUUAAAAAAAAUUCAUUAUUGUUGCUUAAACUAUAAAAUCACAUCUCUUAAAAAAUCCUCCUCCUCCUGUCUGCCAUCGGGUAUAGGGCACCAAUUUAAUAGUACUGUGUAGGGCCCCAUACAUUCUACGGAUGGCUCUGACUUUUGCAUUAUGAGUCUUCCCCUUGCCUAAGAAAAUAAUAGGCAUGAGAGUCUUAUUGAGAUGAGCUUUGAUGAACCAGUAUGCUAAAUUAUAAUACGUUUUUAUUUUUCAGUGCAGUUUUAGUUGGCUUCUUGAUGUAGGGUUUCACUUUGUUCUGGAUGUGGGGUUUGGAUCCCUUAUUUCUCUCAAAUUGAUGUUUGAGGAAAUUGUAUCUCUUCUAAUCUAUUUUGGUUAUAGAAUAACGAUUUUCUGAGGAAUACAGUGCAUCGCCAUGAGCCUCCAGUCACUGCUCAGCCUAUCCAAAUUUUGGUAGACAAUGACGAGAUGGUGGUUGUGGACAAGCCCUCAUCUUUACCAGUACACCCAUGUGGCAGAUUUCGACACAAUACAGUCAUCUUCAUUUUGGGCAAAGAGCAUAACCUGAAGGAGUUGCACACUAUUCACCGGCUUGAUCGCAUGACUUCUGGUGUGCUCAUGUUUGCCAAGACUGCAGAAGUGUCUAAGAGGAUUGAUGAGCAAGUUCGACAGAGACAGCUGGAAAAGGAGUACGUCUGCCGCGUGCUUGGGGAAUUUCCAGAAAAUGAAGUGACCUGCGAGGAGCCCAUCCUGGUUGUUUCUUACAAAGUGGGGGUGUGUCGUGUGGACUCCAAAGGCAAAUCCUGUAAAACUGUCUUCCAAAGACUUAGUUAUAAUGGCAAAACCAGUGUGGUCAAGUGUUUUCCCGACACUGGUCGUACUCACCAGAUCCGGGUCCAUUUGCAGUUUCUAGGAUAUCCUAUUGUCAAUGACCCCAUCUAUAAUUUGGACGCCUGGGGUCCCUCUAAGGGCAAGGGUGGUGAGAUUAAUAAGACAGAUGAGGAACUUCUGAAGGCUUUAGUGGAAGAACAUCGUUCCAAACAGAGCUUGAGCAUCUUGGACAUUUCAGAGGAGGACUUGAAGCCCAUUGUGGGAAGUAAAGAAUGUGACAGUUCAGGAUGCUGUACUGAGCCAGUUGAGAUUAUGCCUAGAGCUGUAGAUUCCUGCAGAACUGAUGACUCUAAGAGUCAGAGAGAAGCUGAAAUACUGGCUGCUUCACAGAAUUCUGACACCAGGCUAGAAACACAUGAAGCAAACCCUGAAGGAGCUAGUAAGAGUGGGAAUCAAGAUGAUCAUUCAGAAGAGAAGGACCCUCUGUGUGAGGAUUGUAAAAUAGUGAGGCAGGAUCCAUCUCCUAAGGAGUUAGUAAUGUACUUGCAUGCCUUGCGCUACAAGGGAGCAGAGUUUGAAUACAGUUCAAAGAUGCCAGACUGGGCUCUGGAGGAUUGGGAUGAGAGCAAAGAAUAGAUACUGAGUCUUUUUUGUUUCUUUUUAGUUUUGUUGGAAGGAAAGUAUUUGAAUCCUGAACUUGUGUGUGACAAAAAUACCUCAUUGGAACUACUACUGUCUUCCAUCGUUAUUUGUGUUGUGCCUGGAUUGCUUAUGAAUUUUGAGUUGGUGAGAAGUGUUCUUCCAGAUUAGUCUCAAACUCUUACCUAACAAUGAAGGGAGGAGAGGUGGUUAAUCCAAGACACUUUAAUUAUGUUUUUCUUUAAUAUGGCAACAGUGAUGGGAGACAAAUAUUAUUCAAAGGUGGGAAGACUGGAACAAUCACUUCCUCUUCCUCCCCUUCUCACCACAUGUUUGAGGUACAUUGUUUGCAAACUGAAUGCAGUUGCUUACUAAAUGCAUACAACUAAGACAAUCAGCAUAAUGUCUCUUUUCUUGUAUGUCAAGUUAUCUAAUCCCUUGUCUUUCUGGAUAAGAGCUUGUGCAAUAUUAGUCAAUCUAAAAUACUUCAGGUCUCUCACCUAAGUCAAUUUCACGUAUGUUCUUAAUUUUGUUCAUACCAGGGAACUGUGCAGGCUGGUUAUUUUCCUGCCAGGUAAAUAACAUUUUAUUUGGAA